GCAUCGAAUUCGAAAACACAGCUAACUAGGAGAAUUACAACAAGAUUCGGUUCAUGGGUAUCAUCGGCCGGGCUAUCCAAAAGAGGAUGGCUAUCAUUUUUACGAGACUCGAGGAGAAUGCCGGUACUAUGCUGUCGUCAAGCACUUGCGUGGACGAUGUGGAAGACUAACAAUUCUGGUAGGGGUUGACUCAAGUCUUGCAAUCGGCGUCGGGUACUUAUUCUGAUGAUCCAGGCUUACCCAAGAAAAUUUGUAGGCGACAUCGCCUUGCUACACCAGGGGCAUCUGAUGAUGGUUGCAUAUAUCAUCACUGCCAUGCUCCUGUGCAAUCCAUACCGUUCUCACGCGUCGUUUAUUGGUGCCGUGAAGGUAUAUAACGUUGUGCGUAUACAGUGUUGCACUCGUCUCGUUCCCAUUGUCAUGUCCGGUAUUGACUCAUGUCUCAAAAUCGCCAAGUUGACCGCUGCAGCAGGCGAGAUGGCACCAUUUCCCUUUGUCAAAGGUGCUGCCCAAUGUGUCAUCGAAAGGGCCUCGAAGAAUAAAGAGGAUAUGCAAGAAUUGGCUGAAAGUAUCGUCGCUAUACUGGUCGUCGUAAGGGACACCACAAUAUGCGUGGAGUAUCAGACCAGAUCUCCACGGGGAAUCCGGCAAUACUUGAGAGCCACGAAGAUCUCGGAUGACAUCGGUGCUUACAGACAACGAGUACAGAUGGCUAAGGAAGACUUCCUGGUCCGUACAAUGACUAUGACACGACUAGCUCUCUCCGAUGUCCAGGAUGAAAUUACCACGAGAUUCGGCACUCUCGCCGAGAGGAACAUCACAUCAGCUAUCAAGGACAAUAUCGAAGAAAUGCGCACCUGGGGGGUUCGGGAUAUCAUUCCAGGCGAUAUAUACGUAAUUAAGCCAGCGACCCUUUCAUUCAGAAGCUGUCGUGCUAUUGGAUAUAAGGACAGCUAUUGCACCGUCGAGAACAGCAAUACACUGAAGAUCAUUCGUGAAUAUCAAGCUCUUGGUGAUGACAAAGAGGACGCAAUUGAACAACUCUAUCAAGCCCUUGACGUCUUCGUGAAACAAAAGUUCGCUUUCCGCACCCAAACAUUGGCGCAAAUCUUCGGUGUAUGCAGGUCGUCUAAUCUUCCGGCGAUCAUAUUUCAUGGCACAACCCGAGUCCCUUUUAAACAGUAUCUGUAUAACUUGACUGCGAAGCGGUUUGUACAAUUCUAUCCUGAAUUGUAUCAAGAUUUACAGUCGGUCUCGGAGGUUUUUGGCACGACGAGAAUCAACCCUAUGUCAAUGAGCAUGGCAAAAUUGUAUUUGGGGAACCUAUCCUAUGACCGUUACAUACUGGGGUUUUUCAGGCUGGAUUUGUCCGUUCAAAUGCAGGAAAAUCGCAUCCGCCUUAUGUACGGUUUGAGCCAAUCAACCGUACCGCUUCACAGUCAAAUCAGCAGAUGGAUGACCUCGUCAAGUUCGCGGAAGGGAGAAUUACGAAAUCAUUACGAUGCUAUUAGCGUUUCUCAUCUGCGAAGUGCUAUUCGGAAUCCAUUCCCACUUCGGAACCACAACGCUCCCUUGUAUCUUCCUGGCAGUGUAGUAACUAAUCCGCCAUACACUCCGCGAAAACCCUCGAGACCAGACUCACCCCGAACCCAGAGUACUUUGGUCGGGAGAGUCCGGCCCUGGCCGCAUGAGUGGGAGUGGGACGUGCACUUGAAAAAAUUGGGGAAGGAAGUCAUUAUUCUAUCGUUGGACAACGGGUUGGUAUCCGUCGGGCCUUCCUUUUUCGAUGGGUCCCAGUAUGAUAUUGAGAUUCACGUGCGUUCGAGGGCUGAGAUUGUGCAAUCGUGGAUCGCGCAGGCUUCCAAGUUAUACUCAUGUCUUCGCUCCAGGGGCUAUGGAGAUGAUGCUGAAGUAUAUAUCCAGGAAGGUGGGCAUCUGCUUCAGCUUGAAACAACUGCUGACUGGCGUACACCCCUAGAUAUAUACUUUACUGUUGACAUCGACCUAAAGGACAAGUACGGUCGCUGUCAUCUCUGCAACUUGGGGAAAGAUCGUCAUGCGCUCUCGUUGUCGAUGACUGCCCCCGUUAUCGAUUAUCGGACCAACACGAUCGAAUCCUUGCCAUUCGUCUCUUAUUUCCGAGCCUGCGACGUGGAUUCGUUGGAGGAAGAAGGGAUUUUUACUGUCCAGGCUCACAUGCUGCAGGCAAAAUGGUGGUGGCAGUGGCUGAAAACGGGUGCUGAUGUAUGCGAGUAUUUUGGGUGGUUACUUCUUGAGAUCCUCGACUCUUCUACAGGAGAAUGGAUGUUAGAUGGUACUGUAUCCGAGGAGUCCUCGCGACCUGCGUCGGUCAUAUCGGACAAGAGGGGUCAGAUAUUGAAUGAAGAGCACAACUCUGCACCGCGUGGUACGGACGUCGUCACGAGAAGUACCGAAGCAGCACAAGCUGGCAAGGCCCCGACCAAGAUGGAGAUCGUUUCCGCUGUGCAGUAUGAUAUCAGUACACGGACGGUCAUCAUCAUAUUCAUCGCUAUUGGUAUUCAAUUUGUUCUUCUAUCGUCCUUUCAGAACCACUUGUAGAAUAGAUCAAUAAGAACAUACCUUCCAUCAUGAUUAUUUGCGGAACUAGUGCUUUGGGCUGUAAAGAGUUCGUCAUGUCAUCAUUCUCUUCGAGGGACAAUUAAAGCCAGCGCAAUAUCGAAUGCUGA